AUGACUGGAUGCAAAGAUCUAUCCCACCUAUUGAGCGACGAAGCAAAGAUUCGUAAACCUUCUCCAAUAAAGACCACGAUGAAGUACUUUAGCGACCCCGAUAUCAUAUUUCUAGGCGCUGGGAUGCCUCCUGGAGAUAUGUUUCCCUUCCAAAGCGUUUCUUUCGAGAGCGUUUCUCUAGAUGAUGACACAUCUUCUUCCUCUACUGUAAAAGGAUGCAUUGGUACCAAUAAGGAUGAUUUAGAAUUACAGGAUGAUAUUCCUUUGGGCAGAGCCUUGCAGUAUGGGAAUUCUAGGGGCCAACCGGAGUUGGUUUCUUUCUUAAAAGAGCACAGUACCAUUUUUCACAAUAUCAGAUAUGAUGAUUGGGAUCUGAUUACAACAGCAGGAUCUACACAGGCAUGGGAUGCCUGCUUGAGGUUAUUUUGUAACAAAGGCGAUACUGUGCUUCUCGAAGAGUAUACGUACUCCUCGUCUGUGGAAGCCGCAACCGCGCAAGGGUUGAAUUGUGUAGCUAUGAAAACGGAUAAUCAUGGGAUUGUGCCCGAAGAGUUGGAAAAAUUGCUCCAGAACUGGAACUCCCAUAGCCAGGGACCUUUCCCCAAGCUACUCUACACCAUACCCAAUGGACAGAACCCAACAGGAUCCACUUUGAAGGAUGAAAGGAAACCAGCCAUCAUCAAACUUGCAUCAAAAUUCGAUCUGCUCAUCAUAGAAGAUGAUCCCUAUUACUUCUUGCAAAUGAAUGAAUUCGGACAACCACAGAGCACCAUUCCAGAUGACUUAUCUUCAGAUCCCAAGGAGGCCAAGACGCAGCUUCUAGGACAAUUGAGCAAAUCAUUACUAGAAUGGGAUUACGAAGGAAGAGUUAUCAGAAUGGAUUCUGUUUCAAAGACGUUUGCGCCAGGCUGCAGAUUAGGCUGGGUUAUAGGGCCCAAGUAUCUUUUGGAUAAUCUUUGGAAUUACCAUGAGGUGUCAAUGCAAUCGACUUGCGGGUUUGCUCAAACCGUAAUUAACGGUAUGCUUCAAAGAUGGGGCCAAAUUGGAUACAUGAAAUGGCUCUUGAAGCUACGGAAUAGCUAUUCAAUUAAAAGGGAUCAUAGUCUAAAUCAAUGUUUCAAGUAUCUCCCAAAGGAUAUAUGCAGCGUCAACCUACCAACAUCAGGUAUGUUCUUCAUGGUAUUUAUCGACGCCAAAAAGCAUCCUCAAUUUGAGUCGAAAUUCCAAUCGAAUACAGAUCUUAUGGAACAGUAUCUUUAUGAAAAAUUUGUCAAUAGAGGCCUCUUGUUGGCUUGCUCUUCAUGGUUCCGCGUGGACCCACAAAAAAAGGAUACACUAGCUUUCAGAGGAUCGUAUGCUUCUGUGAGUGCUGGUAAAAUGGAAAAAGGUAUCAGAACUUUGGGCGAUGUCAUUAGGGAGGAGUUUCAAGUUUAG